AAAGUGGCGGCGCAGUAGACGACAUCCAGUAGAAUAUUUUCAAUUCUAAUAGACGUUUCAUAUUUUUAUUUAAAAAAAUUUAAAGGUGCGUUGAUCCUUCAAAGGACAACAUACAUACAUAAAAGAAAUGUCGAUAGCACAGUUUUUCGAAAACCAGGAGAUCUUCAUCACUGGCGGCUCAGGCUUCAUUGGUAAGGGUCUUAUCGAAAAAAUUUUACGCUCUUGCCCGAAUGUAGCUGCAAUAUUUGUUUUGAUGCGCCCAAAAAAAGGCAAAUGCAUAGAUGAUCGCCUACAAGAUAUAUUGCAUUCAAAACUUUUUGAACGAUUACGAGAAGAGCAGCCACAAAAUUUGCAGAAAGUCCAUGCAAUAGCGGGUGAUUGUAGUCAACUGGGUUUGGGUAUUAGCGAAGACGAUUUGUUACGCUUACAGAACGUGAAUAUUAUAUAUCAUUCGGCAGCGAGUGUAAGAUUCGAUGACCCAUUGCGUGAAGCUAUACUCAUGAAUACACGCGGCACUUAUGAGCUCAUCAAAAUCGCAGAGACUCUGAAACAUCUGAAGGUGUUUAUGCAUGUUUCCACUACAUAUUGUUAUCCCAACAGACAUGUUGUUGAAGAGAAGUUCUAUCCCUCUUAUGCGGAUUGGCGUACAACCAUCAAAUUGGCUGAAACUUAUAGCACAGAAUCUUUGAAUAUAUUUAAUCUUAAAUAUGGCGAUUUCCAACCAAACACUUAUACAUUUACGAAAAGUUUAGCUGAACAAAUUAUUAAGGAGUACAAGGACCGAUUACCUUUGCUGAUAUUUCGUCCAUCAAUAGUGGUUUCAUCAAUUGAAGAUCCUGUGCCCGGUUGGGUAGACAACUUCAACGGCCCCAUUGGAAUGUUGGUGGCUUGUGGUAUUGGUAUUUUCCGCACAAGCUGUGCCGAACCGGAUAUUGUCUCUGACUUUGUGCCAGUAGAUGUGGUCGUACGUUCCAUGCUAAUUGCAACCUAUCGUAAGGGAACUGAAGAAUGGAAUAAGAAUGAUCCGAAAGUGGAGGUAAUUAAUUGUGCUGCUUCCAAAAUAUGUCCCAUAACGACUGGCGAAGUUAUCGAGAUCGGCAAGAGAGUUAUCAAGGAUACACCAUUUGAAAAGACAUUGUGGGUGCCAGAUGGCAGCAUAACACGUUGUCCAGUGUGGAAUUUUAUUCGGUUCGUUACUCUGCAUGUUCUAGUGGCAAUUUUCGUCGAUUUUGCCUUGCGUUUUACCAACACGAAACCAUUUCUUUUGAAACUACAACGUCGAAUUUAUGCUGCUACCUUGGCUCUGCAUUUCUUUGUAAACACAGAAUGGGAUUUCAAAAACGAUAACUUUUACGCUUUGAAUUCAUUUGUGCCGGAUUCGGAAGAACAUAUAUUCGGCUUUUUACAAUUCAGAGAUCUUGAUUAUGAACAAUUCUUUCGCUCAGGUAUACGAGGCGCUCGCGUAUUUUUAUUGAAUGAACCGGCAACGUGUUCCCAAGGCGCCCUGACACGCAUGCAGAUUUACAAAGUAUUACAUUUCCUAAUUAAGUUAAUCGGAAGUGUGCUGAUUCUGCGCUGCAUGGGACGUUUUCUUUAUGCAAAAUUUAAUGCCACUUUCGUUUAGUUGGAUGAAAAUACCAAAUAUGAAGUCAUUGUUAAUUUUCUUUGACUAUAGGCUAUUAAAUAGUUUUUUUUUGUGAAUAAAACAUUCUUUUGAUUUUUUAUUUAAAAUUCAUUUCAACAGUCAUGAGGUGGGCAGGAGUUAUCUGAAUUUAGUACAAUGAAAAUUGAUCAGUCUUGUUCCGAAAAUCAUGUAAUUCGAAAUCGGUGUGAUUCACAAGCAAAAUAUUUCUGAACUGUUUUUAUUUAUAUCUUCACUAAUUUUGGAAAUACUCUCCCUAGUUUUAUAUUUUUAUACUAUAAAUCUAAGGGCCAGUUUCUCCAUGUUUGGUUAACACUAACUGCAGUUUAAAUGUGAUCUACUCCAUUACAUAAAACAGGGAGUCGAUAACGUCGAUAACCAUGUUUAACCUGUAGUUAGUGUUAACCAGAC